AUGGCCGACACAAGCGGUUUCUACCAAGGAGAGGCAUUGUACAAGGUCGAGAGAAAUCCAACGUCCCAUGAGAUUCAGCCAAAUAAACCUUGCAAGGACGACAGUCCAGCUGAGCAUUCAUGCUGCAACCCCAGGGGAUGGCCCCGUGCAGUCAAGAUCCUCGUCCCUGUUGCAGUGGUUGCAGCUCUAGCUGGAAUCAUAGUAGGCGCUGUCCUAGGAACGAGGGAUACUCGAUAUCCAGAUUACUUACCUCUUGACUAUUCCCUGGUGGAUGAGUACCACCCAUCCUCCUUCUUUGAUCAUUUCUGGCACUUCACAGACGAGGACCCUACCGAUGGAUUCGUUGAGUAUGUCGAUCGCGAACAAGCAGAAUCCCUCAGCUUGAUAGAAUCUACAAAUUCCUCUGUGAGCAUCAGAGUCGACAACACAACCAGCUACGCGCCUCGAGGCAGAAAGUCCGUCCGACUCGAGUCCAAAAAAGGCUACGACACGGGACUAUUCAUCUUCGACAUCAUCCACACGCCUUACGGCUGCGGAACCUGGCCCGCCCUGUGGCUAGCGGACACAUACAACUGGCCGCUCCACGGGGAAAUCGACGUCCUCGAAACAACAAACAGAGCUACGGAAGGCAACGUAGUCACCCUGCACACCGAUAAAGGCUGCAGCGUCAAGGGAAGACGGAAGCAGCUGGGCAGCGCGCAGUACUCAACCUGCGACGAUGCGCACGGGAACGCGGGCUGUGCGGUCCAGGGUCGCCCGGCGACGUAUGGCGAGGAGUUCAACGAGAAUGGCGGUGGUGUAUACGCGGUCGAACUCCGAGAAGCAGGAAUCCGAGUCUGGGCUUUCCUUCGCGACUCCAUCCCGGACGAUAUCUCGAAUACGGAGCGCAGACCCGACCCGUCCUCUUGGGGGACGGCUCUGGCUGACUUUCCCAGCACGCACUGUGACAUCCCGUCUCACUUCAGCAACCAGAGCAUCAUCGUCAACAUUGAUCUGUGCGGCGAGAUGGGCGCCCAACAAGAAGACUACAAGGACUUGUACGAUUGUCCGGCAACAUGUGAGGAGUUUGUCGCUCGCAAUCCGCAGAAUUUCUCGCAGGCUUAUUGGGAGUUUCGAAGUUUCAGGGUCUAUCAGACGAUGUGA